AUGUCACUCGAUAUAUCCUCGAGCAGUUUAAUCAAACCCAAUUUUUGGGCAAGAGGAAGAAAUAAGUCGGUAAUGAUUGCUACGAGAAACCUUGGAUUUGUGAAGAUAAUAGCUAGAGCCACGAAGAUCCCGGCUUAUAUUGGUGGAACUAUGGCCGCAGGAGGCACCUAUAUUGCAUAUAAAGUGGAACAAGCAAGCACAUAUACCCAAGAUAAAUUGUCUGCAUUUAAAGAUUUCACAGAUGGCGUUUUUGACAAAACGGGGGAUUUUUUCAAGAGCAUGACAGGGAAUAGUGGGACAGGCAAUGAUGGUGGAGCCGGUGGCGCUGAAGGUGGCGCUGGUGGAGCUGGCGGCGGUGGUGGUGGAGAAAAUGAUGCCGCAACUGCUUUGGGAGCAACUGCUGCUGCUGUUGGGCUAACAGUGGACGAUGACGAUGACGCAGAUGAGACCGCUGUGGAAGACGAAGACGAAGACGAGGAGACCAUGAAGUUAAUUGAUGACGAUGAAGACGAGGAUUUUGAAAGCCAAGAGGAAACAGAUGAUCACAUGUUGAACUUAACACGUCAAAUGAUUGAAAUAAGAAAUUUGUUGGCAAGCAUAGACCACGAUGGAAUUAGAUUGCCAUCAAUUGUUGUUAUCGGUUCUCAAUCGAGUGGUAAGUCGUCUGUCUUGGAAAGUGUAGUGGGUCAAGAAUUUUUGCCCAAGGGGUCAAAUAUGGUGACCAGAAGACCCAUUGAACUCACAUUGAUCAAUACACCCGAGUCUGCAUCGAAUGUAGCAGAAUUACCAGCAUUGAAAAUGUCAAACAUAACGGACUUUACGCAAUUACAAAAAAUACUCUACGACUUGAACAUGGCUGUGCCUGAAUCAGAGUGCAUAUCCAAUGAUCCUAUCCAAGUGACAAUCAGGUCACCAAAAGUUCCCGAUUUAUCCUUAGUUGAUCUUCCAGGAUAUAUUCAAGUUGAGGCGGCUGAUCAACCCAUAGAGUUGAAGAAAAAAAUAAGAGAGCUUUGCUUUAAAUACUUGGAACCACCAAAUAUCAUUUUGGCAAUAUCGGCUGCUGAUGUGGAUUUGGCCAACUCUGCCGCAUUAAGGGCGUCGCGACUAGCUGAUCCAAGAGGUGAGAGAACUAUUGGUGUGAUUACAAAGUUGGAUUUAGUUAGUCCCAAAGUUGCAAGAAAAAUCUUGACUAAUAAGAAAUACCCAUUGAGAUUGGGGUACGUUGGUGUGAUAACAAAAGCUCCUUCUACCAAAGAGGGGGGUGGGCUUUUUUCGCGAUCAAAAGUGACCGGGUAUCAAGCAUUUGUUGCUCAGCAAAACUUUGAACAUACUUACCUAAAGGAACACCGAGAUGAGUUUUAUGGCACAACUGUAAGCACUAAGAACUUGAAGAAGAAAUUGAUGAGGGUUUUGGAAAAGACAAUGGCUGCGUCGUUGAGACCGACUCAUUUGGCAAUUCAGCAAGAAAUGGAGGAAACUGCCUACCAGUUCAAAGUAGAAUUCAACGAUCGUCCAUUGACGCCGGAAAUGUACUUGGCUAAUAACAUUGAUAUGUUGAAGUUAGGGACUAAGGAUUUGAGUCAUGAGUUUUCACGUAAUGAACUAAAAGCCAUAUUAAAGAAUGCUUUGGAUCAAAAAGUCUUGGACUUGUUAGCAGAGAGAUAUUGGAACAAACCAUUUGACUUGAAUAGCUCCACCACUGUUGCUGUUGAACCAAACUUGAAAGAAUUGACUCAAUCGAUCCACGAUGAUGAUUUGUACUGGCACAAGAAACUAGAUUUGGCAUCUGGUUCAUUAACAAAAUUGGGAGUUGGUAGAUUGUCAACCAAUUUGAUUACUAAUGCAUUGUUAACUGAGGUUGACAAUUUGGUUGAUAAUACACAAUUGAGAAAACACCCCAUGGCCAAACAAGCAGUUAGAGAUGCGGCUAAAACAGUGUUGAGCAGUAAGUACUACUCUACAGCUGAUCAAGUUGAAAAUUGUAUCAAGCCGUACAAGUACGAAAUUGAGCUUGAAGAUAGAGAGUGGCAAGCAUCAAAAGAAAACGCCGUUAAUUUGUUAAAAGAAGAAAUGAGACAGUGUAAUGAGCUAUAUCACGAUAUAAAAGCAAGGGUUGGAGGUCGCAAACUACAACAGGUUAUCACAUACUUGGAAAAAUUAAAACAACAAAAAACAGCAGAUGUGGACCUCACAUCGAAUGAGACGUUAGGCUUUUCGCCAACUUUGAUCCAACGUGGUAAAGAGGCCAUUUUUUUAAGAGAUCGUUUGUCAAUAUUAAAAAUGAGACACCUGUUUGUUAAGAAUUCCAAAAAGUGUCGUUCAAAGGAAAAUAAAUACCAGUGCCCCGAAAUAUUUCUUGACGCCGUUGCUAGCAAGAUUGCAUCUACUUCUAUAUUGUUUUUGAAUGUUGAGCUAUUAAGUGAUUUCUAUUACAACUUCCCUCGAGAAUUGGAUAUGAAGUUUUUCAAUAAUUUAAGUAAAGAGGAUAUUGAAAAGUUUGCCAAGGAGGAUCCAAAAAUUAAGAAGCAUAUUGAAUUACAAGAGAGGAAAGAUUUAUUGGAAAAUGCAUUAAGUAAAAUUGAAAGUGUUUUAGCUAUACAACGGACGCAAAAAAAAACUGAGUCUGUUGAUAAUGAUCAGAAAUCAUUAUUCAAAUGGUAA